AUGGCAGGAAUUUUAAGAAUAAUAUGUGGUGUUUGCGGAAAUGCGAGUUUACCAAAAACGAGAAGAGGAAAACACAAUGAAAGAGUAGAAAAAGCGUUGGAUAAAAAAAUAAAAGCGUUGGAAGAUGAAACAGAAAGUGCUAUUAAAGAAUUAAAUAAACUUUUAUCUGGUGACAUUAAACGAAAACCUUUACUUGCUGAUAUGGAUGCAUUAAAAGAUAUUAGCGACAAAAAGAAAGAAAUAACUAAAUUAGAGCAAGAUAAAAAAAAUAACAAUAAAGAUUUCGAAAUUGAAAACUCCUCCAAAGAUGAAGCAAAUUGUGCUAAAUGUAGCAGUUCAAAAGUCGAAUUUGAAAAUACAGAUGAGAAUGAUGGUAAAAAAUUUUGUUCGAAAGAUUGCUGUGUUAAUUAUUAUAUGGAGAAAUAUUAUUCAACCGAUAAUAAUCAGAAAAAGUGCGAUAAAUGUAAUUUAAGUUUUGAUGAAUAUUAUACAGUGGGCGGCAAAGGUAGAUAUUGUGAUGAUUGUGCGAAAAAAACUAUUGAGUCAUAUCGGAAAGAAAGAAAAAAUCCUAGACCAACUGUCAAAAGUGUAGCGGAGGGAAAAAGAUUAAUAGAUGAAGGCAAAGAAAUAAAUAUUAGUGGUUCACCCUUGACCGAAGCCGAAAAGAAUGAACUAAUGGAUUAUGAUUUUAGGAAACGUAUUGCCCUCGAAAGUGAAUCUACCAGAGAUGAUUUCCCUUUCAAAAAUGCAUUAGUUGUUGCCGGAGCAAUUGGAAUAACCGGAACCGGAAAAACUGCUGCUUUUCUUAUUCCAGUUUUAGAGAAAUUAACUGUAAUUUUCAAGCCCCAAGUACUUAUUUUAGUUCCGACUCGGGAAUUGGCUUUACAAGUAAGCGAGGAAGCCCGCAAAUUAUCUCCCCAUGACAACUUACGAGUGGUCGCAAUUUACGGAGGGGGAGGCAAAGAUUCUUACCGGCGACAAUUUCAAGACUUUCGGCGAGGAGUAGAUGUAAUAAUUGGCACUCCGGGAAGAAUUAUUGACCAUAUGUUUACUCAAAAAAGUUUUUCGGUAACUGAUUUAAAAUUUGUAGUUUUAGAUGAAGUUGACGAAAUGAUUAGCAAAGGAUUUUUGCGAGAUAUUGAAAAAAUAAUGAAAGCAUUGGAAUCGGUAAUUGUUUUUGCCAAUACCAAAAGAAAAGUUGAAGAGAUAAAAAAUACUUUAUUGGAUAACAAUUUACGAGUCGACUAUAUUCACAGUGAUUUAUCCCAAAACCGAAGAACCCGAGUUUUUCAGAAAUUCCGAACUAAGAAAAUUUCCUUACUAAUUGCUACUGACGUAGCGGCUCGCGGAUUAGAUAUUAAAGAUAUUGCCUAUGUUAUUAAUUAUGAUUUUCCUCAAAAUAACGAGUUUUAUAUUCACCGAACGGGAAGAACUGGUCGAGCCGGAGCCAGCGGCAAGGCCAUAACUUUUGUUAAUUCGUCCCAAGAAAAAAAACAAUUAUUAGCCAUCGCCCGCCAAAGAAACUUCAAACUGGAAAGAACCGCCAAUUCAAUUAUUAAAAAGUUAGAAAAAGUUAAAAGUAAUCAACUAACUCUAAAAGCCAUUACCGACAAGGAUAAAUUACAUCCUCUGAUUGAAAAAAAAGCCUGGAAAUCCACCCUUAUUUCGGAGGAAAAAAUUUGUUAUUUUAAAGACUUGACCGAAGAAUUAAUAAUUCAAGCCAUUAGUGAGGGAUUAUUGUUUGGCAGCCAUAAAACCAUAGAUUAUAAAAUAAUAUCCGAUACCAAAGAAAUUCAACGCUUUUUUUUAGUUCUUUGUUCUCCGCAGUUAGGGGAAAAAUUCCAUUUAUUAAUUAUUGGCAAAAAACAACUUCCGAUAGAGAAAGAAGGCAGUUAUUUUGCUUUUGUGGAAGCCAUUAAGCAAAACAAAAAUGAACUACUUCAUGCCCUCAAUGAAAAACACUAUUCAACCGCAACUCGCGGGGAAAGAAAAUUGCCAGUUUCUCGCUGUUUGGGAGCCGGGAAAUUUCUUUUAGUCGAACACAACAACUAUACUCAUUUUGUUUACCAGUUAACUAGCCCCAAAAGUAUUAAGCCAGUUCAAGAAGAGUUUAAUUUACAAAAAGAAGGUGAUUAUUUAAUUAGUGUUAAAAAUCCGAAGUUCGGGACAUUCGCAGGGGGAACCAAACCUAACGAAAAACCAAAACUUACUUAUCCCUCCUCCCUCCAAGAAAAAUUUACCGAUUAUCGCUUUAUCCCACUUAAUUUUAAAGAAUUUUUGGAUUACCAAGGGACUGAAUUACUUUUAAUUCCGCCAAAAAAGGAAAAUUUGGUCGCUCGGGAGAAAGAAGCCGAACAAUGUUUAGAAAAAAUUACUUCUGACGAUUUAUUAGAACAAUUUGCUAAAAUAACUUCACCGGAAGCAAUUGCUCCAAUUGAAGAUUAA